GCACGGGCCCACGCGUGCAGGACGAGGGGGCGGUUCAGCCGUGCAGGGACUCGCCGGGCGCGCGCUGACGCUCGCGGGUGAGCUGUGAGCGGCGGCGGACUCCUGAUCGAUACCGCAGUGGCGGCGUGAGCUCGUGCCGCGUGAGGCCAGCGCUGCGGGGCCGCGACGCUGAGCGGUCUACCAUGAACACAUUCCCGCGCAGCGGCGACGCCAAGAAGAAAUGCGUGGCACACGCGCUGUACGACAACCUGGCAGAGACGCCGGACGAGUUGGCGUUCCGGCGCGGCGACACCCUCACCGUGCUGGAGCAGAACACUGGCGGCCUGGAGGGAUGGUGGCUCUGCUCCCUGCGGGGACGGCAGGGCAUCUGCCCGGGUAACCGUCUGCGGAUCCUGCCGGGCGUCUACGACACGGCCAAGGGGGCCAAGAUGACGGCCCAGCCACACGGCACCUCCGGUCGCUACAGACGCAGCUGGAGCCCCAGCCACACCAAGAUGUCGCCGCUGAACCAGAGCACCUCCAGCCUGAAGCCGGACCAACUGGACGGAUCAGCACGGCAGUACCAGUCCGAUGUAUACGACACGCCGCCGUGCCCCGUCUCGGUAGCCGCGGGCCCGCCGCCCGAGCAGGAGGACUACGACACCCCGCGGCCUCUGCGGAUACCGACCUCUGCACUGCCGUCGGCGCCGCGGCCGGCGGCGGCGGCCGCCGCGCCGGUGCUGCCAUCUCUCAGCGGUGCGGCGCUCUACUCGGCGCCGCGGCCGGACGUUCAGCUGGCCGCCAACCGCUGCUCAGGCGUGUCGAUCACGUCGGCCGGCAGCUCAGUGCGGAGCUCCAGCAGCUCCGGCUCGAGCCGCUCCAGCCUGGAGGCGGCGCCGGAGGCGCAGGCGCUGCGCCUGCCGCCGCGCAUCCCCGAGAACGGCCUGUACGACUCGCAGCGCGUGCCUGAGAACGGCCUGCACGCCGCGGAAGACUACGACGUGCCGCGCCGCAUCGGUCCGGCGCCCGCCGCGCCGCCGCCGGCCGAGGACGAGGGCGAGACGUACGACGUCCCGUCGUCGCGGCGGCGGCGCGCGAGCAGCGGCGAGACGUACGACGUGCCGCCGCCGCCAGUGUCACGGCUUGCCCAGCUGGAGAUCUACGACGCGCCGCAGUCGCUGGCUGACGUCGACGGGGAGUAUGACUCGCCGAACGACACGCUCGACACACUGGACCUGUACGACUCGCCGAGGGUGGCCGAGCAGCUGUACAACACGCCGCGGGCCACGCUGGACGCGUACGAAUCUCCGCGGCCGGAUCUGGACGAGUACGACACGGCGGGGGCUGAGUGCACGUACGACUCGCCGCGCGCUGCACUGACGGCUUACGACCCUACGGACGUUUACGACUCGCCGCGGCGCAUCGCGUCUCCCUCGCAGGACUCGCGCGACUCGCUGCAGUCGGCGCCCGCCUCGUGCCGCACCAGCGCUAUCAGCGACACUAGCGGCGGCACGGACGAAGCUGAGGUUAUCAUCCGGGCCGACAGGGCGCGCGGCGGGCCGUCGGUGUCGCGCAACGCCACCUACUGGCUGCGCAGCGCGGGUGGGCUGAGCACCACCUCGCUCUCAGAGCUGGGCGAGCCGCGACAGCUGCCGCUUGACUCGGAGGCCGGUCUGGAGACGAUCUCGCGGCUGGAGCAGGAGCUGAACGCCACCGUCACGCGCCUCUUCUCCUUCAUCGUGCCUGGCUGGCGGCGCCUGCAGCACAUGGAGGCCUGCGCCGUCGACAUCAAGCUGACCGUGGUGCGCAUGCGCGCGGCGCUGAGCGAGCUGGUGCAGUUCGCUUACGGCGCAAUGGUGGCGACAGCGGAGGGGCCGGGCCCCGGCCUGGGCGACCGAUUCGUGCAGGUGCUUCGGCCUCUCGAUGAGUCGGUGCGACUAGUGGAGCGCGCCGCCAUAGCGCAGGAAGAGCUUGGCUGGGCGCCCGAGACGCUGGCCCGUGCGGUCGGCGCGCCAGCCGACGCGCUGGACCAGCUGCUGGCCUGCGCGCAGAGCCUGAGCGGCGACGCGCGCCAGCUGGCGGCUUUCGUGCGUGGCAACGCUUCGCUGAUCUUCCGCCGGGCGGCGGGUGGUGUGGUGGACGAGCAGCCGCCGGCGGCCGGACUCAUGAGCGACUACGACUACGUAUGCGUAGAGACGCGCGGCGCCUUGGAGCGCGAGGGCGACGAGGUGCGCGGAUGCCUGCCCGAGCAGCUGCGCGGGUCGUUCGACAACCUGCUGAAGGAGGCGCAAGUGGAAGUGCGGCGCCGCUCCAGCCGCGUCGACGCCAACGACAAGCAGGUGCUGGAGUUCUACCGCGGCCAGACGCAGUGCCACCACGAGUUCCUCAACAACGCUAUCGACGCCUUCCUGCAGACGCUGCAGAACAACCAGCCGCCGAAGGUGUUCGUGGCGCACGGCAAGUUCGUCAUCCUGAGUGCACACAAGCUCGUGUACAUCGGCGACACGGUGCACCGUCACGUGGCGCACGCCGCCGUGCGGCGCGAAGUGCUCGCGGCCUCGGACGCGCUCUUCGACAGCCUCAAGCGGACUGUGCAGACGACCAAGACGGCGGCGCUGCAGUUUCCGAGCGCGCACGCCGUGCAGGAGAUGGCUGACGCCGUCCUGGACGUGUCGCGCGCGGCCGGGGAGCUGAAGCUGGUGAUAGACGGAUCCUCGCCGUAGAAGCGCCAGCGCAGCGGCGGUCGGGGCCCGGCCGGGGCUCCCUCGAUCUUUGGAGGGAGCGCUGAGGCGCCGGAGGGAUUGCGCUUCGCGGCGUGCGCGCGCAGAGGCGUGCUCCCGCGUCGGCGUCUGGCGCUGGCGGAGAGGAUCAGUCGGCUGUAGUUAGCGCCAGCACUUGCCGAUCCACUGCGAAUCGAUUCAGGCAUUUUGUAUUCUGGUUUGUCGCUGUCGACUGCAAUAGAGCUGGACGCGGCGCUGGAAUCGUUUUUAAGAGUGCUCUUGUGAUGCAAUAAUCCCGCGACGGUUCACUUUGAUCAAUGUGCUCCGCUAUUGUGGAUGAUUUCAGUUGCGCAAGGCCUUCUCGCUCGUUUACCACCUCUGUUAAGUGUGGUGCGGCGGUUGUGACUGUCGCCCGACCCCUGUGAUCGUAGACCUCCGGCGACGGGGCGCACGUGCAGUUGCGCACCCUAUACAGCAAUGAUCGUGUUAUGCAGCCUAGCUCUGACAACUGCCAUGGCGUACCAGGUUGAUUGUGUUUGUAACUUUAAUUAUUGCUAUUUGUGUGCGUGACUGUUGUGCCGGUGUGCCGUUCCGAGGUGCCAUCCCACAGCGCAGAAUUCCAUUCGCUUGAAUGUGUGGUUGGAACUGGUGAUAACUUGCCUGAGUACAAAUACAGUGGGAAUACUU